UCUACUUUUCUCGGAUUCUUCUUUUACCAGACAGGGGUACAUUUAUGAAAUCUGAAUCUGAAAUCACAACUAAAAUUUAAACUUUUCGGUGGUAAAAUUGAGAAUUUUGGGUAUAAAUAAAUAAAUAUUUUAGAAAUGGCGAUGCCUUUAACGACGGCGGCGGGGGUCCAAAACGGCGGCGUUGGGGUAAUGGCCGGACCGGCAAUCGGGCAGCAGAUGGAAAUGGAUCAGAAUGGGACAGUGAAUAGAUUGAAAAGCUCGUCGCCAAUUCGGAUUUUCUUGUUUUUCCAUAAGGCAAUUCGGGCCGAGCUGGACGGGCUUCACAGGGCGGCCAUGAGCUUUGCUACGAAUUCUAAUGGCAGUAGUUGCAAUUAUAAUUCUGAUAUCAAGCCUUUGCUGCAACGGUAUCGUUUUUUCAGGUCAAUAUAUAAACAUCACUGCAAUGCUGAGGAUGAGGUAAUCUUUCCUGCGCUUGAUAUCCGUGUAAAAAAUGUGGCACGAACUUAUUCUCUUGAGCAUGAAGGAGAAAGUGUGCUUUUUGAUCAGCUGUUUGCACUACUGGAUUCUGAUAAGCAAAAUAAUGAAAGCUACAAAAGAGAGUUGGCCUCUUGCACAGGGGCCCUUCGAACCUCAAUCAGCCAGCACAUGUCCAAGGAAGAGGAACAGGUCUUUCCAUUGCUCAUUGAGAAAUUCUCGUUUGAGGAGCAGGCUUCAUUGGCAUGGCAAUUUUUAUGCAGCAUUCCUGUUAAUAUGAUGGCAGAAUUCCUUCCAUGGCUUUCUUCCUCCAUUUCAUCUGAUGAGCGUCAAGACAUGCGUAAAUGCUUGUACAGAAUAAUCCCUGAGGAAAAACUUCUUCAACAGGUAAUAUUCACCUGGAUGGAUGGCAUGAAGAUUAACAAGAAGCGUAGAAGUUGUGAAGAUGAUAUAGCUAGCAACUUAAUUAGACCAAGUGAGAAUAGGCCUUGCCCUUGUAAAUCUUCUACUGCAGAAAAACGAAAAUUUUUCCCAUCAACCUUCAGUGGUCUAAGUCACCCUAUAGAUGAGAUAUUGCACUGGCAUAAGGCUAUUCUAAAGGAAAUAAAUGACAUUGCUGAAGCAGCUAGAAUGAUCAAAUCUUCUGGAGAUUUUUCUGAUUUGUCUGCCUUUAGAGAGAGGCUACAAUUUAUUGCUGAAGUUUGCAUCUUCCACAGCAUUGCUGAGGACAAAGUUAUAUUCCCUGCUGUAGAUGCAGGAUUAUCUUUUGCUCAAGAGCACGCCGAAGAAGAAAGUCAAUUUGAGAAGUUCAGAUGUUUAAUGGAAAGUAUUGAACGUGCAGGAGCAAACUCCUCUUCUGGUGAAUUUUGUUCAAAAUUAUGUUCACAUGCUGAUCAUAUAAUGGAUACCUUAAAGAAGCACUUCCAGAAUGAGGAAAUUCAGGUUCUUCCACUUGCAAGAAGGCAUUUCAGCUAUGAACUGCAGCGGAAGCUUCAGUAUCAGAGCUUGUGUGUGAUGCCUCUGAGGCUGAUUGAAUGCGUAUUGCCAUGGUUGGUAGGAUCACUAGAUGAAGAGGAAGGGAGAAUUUUUCUAAAGAACAUGCAUAUGGCAGCUCCAGCAUCAGACUCUGUAUUAGUUACACUUUUCUCUGGUUGGGCAUGCAAAGGUCGUCCAAGGAGCAUUUGUUUGUCCUCAGGUGGAAAUGGUUGUUGCGCUUCAAAAAUGCUGACAGAAUCACGAGAGAGCUUUGACGGAUUUUCUUGUGCCUGUUCCUAUUCAAGCAAGACAGGCCAAAGUAUUUUGAUUGGUGAGGCAGUUGAUGAUGAAAUUCCAGUAGAGUCUGGAGACUCCGUAAUACUGGAAGAAAGUACAAGUCUUGUUCCUGUGAGAUCUAUAGAGCUCCAGAAAGCAAGUGUUAGUAAUCAAUCCUGUUGUGUUCCUGGGUUAGGAGUGAACAACAAUAAUCUGGGAACAAGUUCUCUUGCUGCAGGAAAAUCUUUGCGAUCCUUAUCUUUUGGUCCUAGUGCUCCUUCACUUAAUUCCUGUCUCUUCAACUGGGAAACAGACAUCAGCUCAAAUGAUUGCGGUUCUGCAACUAGACCCAUAGAUAACAUAUUUAAGUUUCACAAAGCCAUCCGGAAGGAUUUAGAGUUUCUGGACAUUGAAUCUGGGAAACUUGGUGAUUGUGAUGAGAUUUUCAUUAGGCAGUUUAGUGGCAGAUUUCGUCUUUUGUGGGGCUUAUAUCGAGCUCACAGUAAUGCUGAGGACGACAUUGUCUUCCCGGCUUUAGAAUCGAAAGAGACUCUACACAAUGUUAGUCACUCCUAUACAUUGGACCAUAAGCAGGAAGAAAAGCUAUUUGAAGAUAUUUCAUCUGCGCUCUCUGAGCUUUCUCAACUUUGUGAAAGUUUGAAGAGCAAAAGUAUGACAGGAGAUCAAAGUUCAGGAGAUGAUGACUCUUGCAGUACAACUAAUAGCCUGAGAAAAUAUAGUGAACUGGCUACGAAAGUACAGGGCAUGUGUAAGUCCAUCAGAGUAACAUUGGAUCAUCAUGUCAUGCGUGAAGAACUUGAGCUGUGGCCAUUAUUUGAGAUGCAUUUUUCAGUUGAGGAGCAAGACAAACUUGUUGGUCGCAUAAUUGGUACCACAGGAGCAGAGGUGCUUCAAUCCAUGUUACCAUGGGUAACAUCUGCUCUUACUCAGGAAGAGCAAAAUACCAUGAUGGAUACUUGGAAGCAAGCAACCAAGAACACGAUGUUCAGUGAGUGGCUAAAUGAAUGGUGGGAAGGUUCAGCUGCAUCAUCAGAGAAAUCAACAUCAGACAAUAGUAUUUCACAAGGCUAUGAUAUGCAUGAGUCACUGGACCAGAGUGAUUAUACUUUUAAGCCUGGUUGGAAAGAUAUUUUCCGAAUGAAUCAGAAUGAGCUUGAGUCGGAGAUAAGAAAGGUCUCUCAGGAUUCUUCUCUUGACCCAAGAAGAAAAGCCUACCUCAUUCAAAAUCUUAUGACCAGUCGCUGGAUUGCUGCCCAGCAGAAGCUACCUCAGGCAAGGACAGAUGAAACUGCUGAGGAUGCAGAUGUAAUUGGAUGUUCUCCAUCAUACCAGGACCCUGAGAAACAAGUGUUUGGGUGUGAGCAUUACAAAAGAAAUUGCAAGCUCCGAGCUGCUUGCUGUGGAAAAUUGUUUACAUGCAGGUUCUGCCAUGACAAUGUCAGUGACCAUUCUAUGGAAAGGAAAGCAACAUCUGAAAUGAUGUGUAUGAAAUGCUUGAAAAUUCAGCCUGUUGGGCCUGUUUGCACGACACCAUCUUGCGACGGAUUUUCGAUGGCAAAAUAUUAUUGUAGUAGCUGCAAAUUUUUUGAUGACGAAAGGACAGUAUAUCAUUGUCCUUUUUGCAAUUUAUGCCGCCUCGGAAAUGGACUUGGUAUCGACUUCUUUCAUUGUAUGACCUGCAAUUGUUGCUUGGGAAUGAAAUUAGUAGACCACAAAUGCAGGGAGAAAGGUCUGGAAACCAAUUGCCCCAUAUGCUGCGAUUUUUUGUUCACAUCAAGUGCAACUGUCAGAGCUCUCCCUUGUGGCCAUUUCAUGCACUCAGCUUGCUUUCAGGCAUACGCUCGAACACACUAUGUCUGCCCUAUCUGUAGCAAAUCUAUGGGAGACAUGUCGGUGUAUUUUGGGAUGCUUGACGCUUUAAUGGCUUCUGAAGUGCUCCCUGAAGAAUAUAGAAACCGCUGUCAAGAUAUCCUGUGUCAUGAUUGCGACAAGAAGGGAUCAGCACCAUUUCAUUGGCUGUAUCACAAGUGCAGCUUCUGUGGCUCCUACAAUACCAGGGUAAUCAAGGUUGACUCAAAUCCCAACUGCUCGACAUAAUUAAAGUUGGAGCAAGUCAUCUGGAUGAUUGUAGGUCUGCACGUACCUGAGCGUUGCCACAACUAUCUCUAGAUGCAAAUUCACAAUGGAUCCGGUACUCCAGAAAAGUAUCACUACAAACUCUUCACAUACGGAGUACUGAUCCAUCAAGUCAAUACGUGAGCCAUAUACUCAUGCUGUCUUUGUGCCUCUGAUUUAGAUGCUCAUGCUUUAAGCUUUGGAGUUGCAAGACAGGUGAUUUCUUGAAGUUUGCAGUGGACUCUAAAGGACUGCUGAUAUUGGCCGUCGCACUGAUACUAGCUGCUAGGAUGGAAAGAAACGGGGCGAUCUUGGACUAGUGCAAGCAAUCAAGCUACUAAAAGAACCAGAUAGGGUUCAGUUCCAAUGGAUAGUUGUGGAAACCUAUUUACGUAGGUCGAGAUAUACAUCACCCAGGGGCUUUGUGUAGGAAAAAUUUUGUGGCGUCUGUUAUCGGGCUUUGUCAAUUUCCACGAGGACAAUUCCCAUUGAAUUUGGAAAAUAGUGACGAAAUUAUGCUUUACUGUAUUGGUAGAAUCCAAAAAUAGGGGGCAAUGAAGCAAGCAUGCAAUUUUGUGUAACAUAAGCUACUGUGACAUUGAGAAUUUUGGUAAAAUUAGAGUACCGGCCUAAUUAGCUCGAUAUAAAUGUACCGGGCAUGAGUAAUCAAUGCCAAGAAAUAACAUCUGGUAAAGUAUCUUUGUU